GAGAGAACAAAGGGGUAAGAAAAUCAGGAUAGCGUAAUGAAAGGAAAGGAAGAUAUUUUUAAAACGAUGUUGCGCUUUUCAUUCUGAGAAGUGAGAAUUGGAUAUAACGGGUAAUCUUAAAGUGUGUUUUGAGGAUUUAAUGGUUCAUAGGUUCAUACCUAUACACUGAGGAAAAUAUCACUUAUUCCUCAAAUUUAUUGCCUUGCAGUUGAUUUUAAGAAUGAUUUGGGAUAGAGGAAUUUUUUUCAGCUAACUAUGGUCCAGUUCUUUAUUUUUUAUAUAUUUUUCAAUUACAAUUAACAAUAUUAUUUUGUAUUAGUUUCAGGUGUACACCAUAGUGGUUAGAUAAUCAUAUACUUGGCAAAGUGUUCCCCCUGAUAUUUCUAGUACUCACCUGGCACCAUUCAUAUUUAUUGCAAUAUUGUUGACUAUAUUUCCUAUGCUGUACUUAAUGCUCUAUUUCUUUCUCUUUUGGAGUAUAAGGAAGUCCAAGAAAAAAAUACUUAUCGGGUAAUAUCUUUAUUAUACUGUUUGACACGGGACUUUUUCUUUAUUCCCAAUGACAGAUCAUUUUGUCUCCUGGUAUCUCGUUUCAGCUAUUUUUUGUUGUUACUAAUGAGUAGAAAUACAUUUCUGUCCCCUUAUCUUUCUAAUGAACUUGGGAGAUGAGAUGCAAAUGCCUUAGGAAUAUUGAUUUGAGUGAAUUUAAUGCUUUUUUUUUUCUGUGUAUUUACAGAUGGGGCGUGAGUGGGUUUGGUUGGAUUCUGAACAAGACUAUCCCAAUGACUCUGAGUUGAGCAACAACUGCAGGUCCCUCUUCAGCUCGUGGGACUCCAGUCUGGAUCUUGAUGUGGGCAGCUGGAGGGAAACUGAGGAGCCAGGGACUGAGGAAUUAGUGGAAAGCAGCCCAGGGACAGAAUCUAGUGAGCUGCUUAUGGGGGACGGAGGCAGUGAGGAAUCUCAGGAAGAGACACAGCAAAUCAGCCACCAGAACCUCCUCCACUUUCUCUCUGAGGUAGCUUAUUUAAUGGAGCCAUUGUGCAUUAGCAGCAAAGAAUCAAGUGAAGGUUGCUGCCCUUCACCUGAUACCAGACAAGAGGAAAGGGAAAUUGAAGCUACUGAAGGAGAUGAGGAACCCUGCAGAGAGCCUGAAGAGCUUUCAGCUAAGGUAGAACCAUUGGUAGCUGAGGAGUCACUGGGAGAAAAUGGAAGGCCAGAGAUGGCUCCAGCUCCCUCAGAUAUUUGUGCAGUUUGGGGACUACCAACAGAGAAUGAAGAGGGAGAGGUUCAGCAAGAAUCCAAAGAAGAGGACCAGGGCGAAGGGUAUGUGUCAGAGAUGGAAGACCGGCCCUCCUCAGGUGAGUGUGAUGAUGGCUCUAGCAUUCAGGAGGCUCCUCUGGUGGAUGUCCUUUUCAGCCAUUCUACUUCCUCAAAUCUGUCUGAUCUAAGCCAGAGUGAUCCUGUUCAGGAUCACUUACUAUUUAAGAAGACUCUCCUGCCAGUAUGGAAGAUGAUUGCCAGUCACAGGUUCAGCAGUCCUUUUCUGAAGCCAGUGUCAGAAAGGCAGGCCCCAGGAUACAAGGAUGUGGUGAAAAGACCCAUGGACUUAACUACCCUGAAAAGGAAUCUGUCUAAGGGGCGGAUUCGCACCAUGGCACAAUUCCAGCGAGACUUGAUGCUGAUGUUCCAGAAUGCUGUGAUGUACAAUGACUCUGAUCAUCAUGUGUAUCAUAUGGCUGUGGAGAUGCAGCGAGAAGUCCUGGAGCAGAUUCAGGUGCUGAGUAUUUGGCUAGACAAAAGAAGAAACUUAAAUAGUCUGGAAUGAGAACCAGCCAACCCAGCGCAUGAUGAAAAACCUGUUUUGUUAACCUGGAACUGCUACCCUGACCUUUUCUGGAAUUUGGACCUCUCAUUGAGACUGAUCCAGAGAAGAUCCCAGUACUUGUUUACCUUCUCUGUUGUCUUUCAUAAUAAGAAUAAUACCUUAACUCACAACCUAGGAGUCAAAGAUGCCUGUGGACAUAAUUUUAAGAAAAGGGGGGAAACUUAUUUGAUGUAAUAAAUAUCACCCAUAUCUUUGUUCUAUAUCUAUAGGCUCAAUUUAGAGGUAAUUGGAUUAGACCUCUUAUGACUGCUCUAUAAAUAA